UCAUACCAAUCUAGCCGCCUCUCGAUCGCUACCUCCACACACCUUUCCUCAAGGCGGCCUUUCUCUUCUUCAUCCACUUUGCUACACGGUCACCUGGACGCUCCCAAGCCCGGCGAAGAGCGCAAGGUUACCUUUGUCGACAAGGAAGGCGAUGAACACACCUUUGUAGUAGCCGACGGCGACAACCUGCUCGACAUUGCACAAGCCAAUGAUCUCGAAAUGGAGGGUGCAUGCGGCGGCUCAUGCGCCUGCUCGACCUGCCACGUUAUCGUCUCGGACCCGGACAUGUUUGACAAGAUGGAGGAGCCUGAUGAUGAUGAGAACGACAUGCUCGACUUGGCCUUCGGUCUGACAGAGACGAGUCGCUUGGGUUGCCAGGUCAAGAUGUCCAAGGAACUCGACGGCUUGGUUAUCAAGCUCCCCACCAUGACCAGGAACCUGCAGGCCAGUGACUUU